AUGACUGAUAACUGCCUAUAUGUUUACAAUUUAACAAAAAACGUAAGAGCAGAUCACCUGAAGGAAAUUUUCCUGAAUUUUGGGAACUUAAAGGACAUCCACAUUUCGCUCGAUGAGGAAAAUGUAAGUGGGAGCAACGGGGGGGGGAAUUUCCUGUGCGCCAGAAUAAAAUUUGAAAACGAAAUGGAUGCGACGAUCGCAAAGGAAUAUAUGAAUGGUGGACAGAUUGAUGGGAAGACUGUUUCGAUAAAAUAUGAACAUAAGGGGAAGAGCAAGGGGAAGCAUAAACAUACAAGUACAAAGCACAGUGUUAAGAGGGAGCAUAAGGAGAGGGCUGGCGGUGACAAAAGGAGACGCCUCAGAGAUGGCCGGAGGUCCAGCUCGUCCCCUUCGCGCGCAUCAGAGCAUUCCAGCAGGAGGUCCUCCAGUUCACAGGCGCGGCGGAAGAAGAAGAGUACCCGCAGAAGGUGA